CUCGACCUGUCGGGCUGCUCGCCAUGGACCGCGAUGCCGGAGGCGAUCGGCCAGCUCGAGGCGCUGACGACGCUCAAGCUGGGCGACGAGAAUCUGACCGCGCUGCCGGGGGCGAUCUGCCGGCUCUCGGCGCUGACGACGCUCAGCCUGAGCUACUGCAAGAGUCUGACCUCGCUGCCGGUGGCGAUGGGCGGGCUCGUCGCGCUGACGACGCUCGACCUGCGCGACUGCGAGGACCUGACCGCGCUGCCGGUGGCCGCCAUCGGCCGGCUCGCGGAGCUGACGACGCUCCACCUGGGCGGCUGCGUGAACCUGACCGCGCUGCCGCAGACCAUCGGCCGGCUCGUGGCGCUGACGACGCUCAACCUGCGCGACUGCAUAAGCCUGACCGCGCUCCCGCAGACCAUCGGCCGGCUCGCGGCGCUGACGGCCCUCGACCUGCGCGACUCCCGGAGCCUGACCGCGCUGCCGCAGACCAUCGGCCGGCUCGCGGCGCUGACGACGCUCAACCUGAGAUGCUGCAAGAGCCUGACCGCGCUCCCGCAGACCAUCGGCCGGCUCGCGGCGCUGACGGCCCUCGACCUGAGCUGCUGCGAGAGUCUGACCUCGCUGCCGGUGGCGAUGGGCGGGCUCGUGGCGCUGACGACGCUCGACCUGAACUACUGCCAGAGUCUGACCUCGCUGCCGGAGGCAAUCGGCCGGCUCAGGGCGCUG